CAGACAGUAGAGGUACUAGGUAGCAGCAGAAGCUUAGUCGCCGGUGUAUAGCGGGAGCGCAGGACAUGGCGGACGGAGAGCGCUCCCCGCUCCUCUCAGACCUUAGUGAUGGGGGAGGAAUGGGUGCAGGUCUUGGACCUGGGGCUCCUUCUCCGGGCAGUGUGCUCCCCUCAGCUCCUCCGUAUGGUGGUUCUGGGCCAGCCCCCAGCAACAAGCCGCAGGGCUUUUCAGUGUUUCCUGCUGCUCAUAGCUCUGUUUUGCAUGGUGAAGAUCCCCCUCCCUAUUCCCCUCUAACAAGCCCGGAUAGUGGCUCUCCACCGAUGAUAAACUGCAGAGUCUGCCAAUCGCUCAUUAAUGUGGAGGGAAAAAUGCAUCAACAUGUGGUUAAAUGUGGAGUGUGUAACGAGGCUACGCCAAUAAAAAAUGCCCCACAAGGGAAGAAAUAUGUGCGUUGUCCAUGUAACUGUCUGCUGAUCUGUAAAGUCACUUCACAGAGGAUAGCCUGCCCCAGACCAUACUGUAAGCGAAUCAUUAACUUGGGUCCUGUGCACGCUGGUCCUCUAAGCCCUGAACCACACCCACCAAGGGGAGUGAGAGUGAUCUGCGGUCAUUGUCAGAACAAUUUUCUGUGGACAGAGUUUACAGACCGGACUUUGGCUCGUUGCCCGCACUGCCGUAGAGUGUCCUCCAUUGGGCUGAGGUAUCCUAGAAAAAGAUGUGUAUCCUGCUUUGUCCUGACUUUGUUACUGGCUGUGGGUGCAGCAGGACUUGUGGUUGGUACUUGGAUUGUGGCAAGAAGACAACCUGGAAUUUAUGCCUCCUGGGUUAUCCUUAUACUGCUUACACUACUAUGUAUGGGUCGCGCCAUCUACUGGGCAUGCAUGCGGGUCAGUCACCCAGUCCAGAGCUGCUCAUGAGCUCAUUCAGAUCUGAUUCGCUUUGCUCCCUUCCAUCCUCACCGUGGCGGCCAUAAUGGCUUGAAGAGACAAAGGUGGUGAAUACAGCAGCAGCUUACAGCCUGGAGACUGAAUAUGUCACUUCUGUGUAUAGCAGUGCCGAGUAUGGUUACACAUAGCCAAUAUUUGCCUCUGCUGUUAGUUAACCUAUUUGUUGCUAUGGAGUUGCAGUGAUGUGCCCUGUAGCUGCAUAUAAUUUAAUCCCUCUCUUAUUUAUCCUAUAAAUUGUAGCAAUGUAACAGAGUCAGCAUGUUAAGGCUUGAAGCUGUCUGUUAUAGCAAAUUCAGAACAGGAUUUUAAAAUUAACGAGAGGCAGCUAUGGAAGUGUGUAGAUAUACUUGAUAGUAAAACACAGCUCAGUGGUAUAAUUUUUAAGUGAACAUAAACAUUUUCCCUUCUAAUGAAUAGUAUAGGCCUAGAAAAUUCAGUUUCUGGGAGGGUGUUAGUUCUUAAAUAAUCUUUCUAUCUCGUGGGUAACUUUGUCUGUUUAUUGCACCUUAACCUCUUCUUCUUUUCUGAAAAGUGAGAGUGAUUACUUAUCACUCUGUUUCAAAAGAGUCCAAAAGAAUGUUUCACCUUUCUCUAGAGUGGCAUUGAGAAUACUAUGUCUUUACUCAUUUGCUGCUAGUGGUGCCUACUGUGUUGGAACGAUUUGACCUUUCAUCUAAAAGGGACAUUAAACUUGAAAAAUAUCUGCAAUUCAUUAAAUGCAUUGCAGUUACUAUAAUGUCAGUGCUUACCUGUAUUGUUGUUUGUUUGUUUUUAAAGUUUUAUAUCCUGUGUUCAGCCUCCCGUCUGUUACCUGUUUACAUUCUGUGCUGCCAGCCUCCAGUCCUCAUAUUGAUAUUUAUUUUUAUUUUUUUACAUCCAAGAGCAGACUAGCUUUAUGACUAGGUAACAUGACGCCUGCUCCAAAGAAUCUCACAAGAGAUGCCUGCAGUUCACUUUUUAUUUCAGAGUGAUUGCAUGUGGCUCUGUGGUGACAAUCUAAGGAGUGAGGUAUGGGAUAUUGUUGGCUGAAUAACCAACUACAUGGACAAGGGGGCUAGCAUCGCUGAGUGUAAUCAAAUACCUGAGGGGAGUGCAGGGCAAAGGAUUACAUUUUGUUUUUCAGACUGCUGCAGUUAAGCAUUGACAUAGCAAUGUUUCAUUGUAUUACAGAAUUUUUUCAAGUAAAUACUUUUUAUUUUCACUUAAUAUAAUUUUGUAUCUAAUAAUUUAUGUUAAUUUGAUGCUCAUAAUACUAGAGCUUGCAGAAUGCUUGGAUUCAGUGCUAGUCCUUCCUGCUUCUCCUUUCCAUUUUCCUGCUUCUCAUUUUGUUGUGCAAAUGCGACUUAUGGGAAAGCAGGGCUCUGCUGCUCCAGAAGUGGUACAGGAUUAGCAGGGAAUCUGAGUAUGUCUGCUUCUAUAUUAUCAAACAGGGCAUCAUAUAAAUACUGCUUCCUCAUUUCUGUCAAGGGUGCAGUCGUUGUUUAGACACUUUACCAACAUCAAACAUUAUUACUUUAGGUGGAACUUUAAGAACACUGGAAUUUUCACCUCUGUUUCUGGCUAAUCCUCAAAGCUGAAAUCUGAUGUGUUCAGUUUCUCAAGUGUCACAAACAAGCUUGGUUUUGAGAUUAUCUGUGCUUCCUUAGGUUAGGGAAGCUGAAAUGCUUACCGGCCAUAUUAUUUGGGCAUGUGUAUAAUGUAGCUUGUUUGUUCCACUUGUGGAAGAAUGGAUGCUUGCUGUCCCUUUUCAAGUACCAUACAUAAAGCUAUAACUGGGUCAUCUAAUUUCAGGUUUUUUUGAGGAUAUUGCAUGGAAUAAAAUAAUAACAAACAGCAGGACUGCCUCCUAAUUGAAGAGCAAAUCAAUUAAUAUUGAUAUUUGUCCAGUUAAAUAAUUUAUGACUCUACUUUGUAUGGGGCCUAAGGGACGGACCAGCUACUCAAAGCCGAAUACAAUUAACCAUUGGAAUAUUGUGCAUCUCAAGGCUGCAGCCUGGGUCCAAUCUGUUUUUAUUUUUGUGCAAGUGUACAUAAUUGCAGCUAAGUUGUAAAUCAUGUUUUUUCUGAUUUACUGCUGUGUGUCCAGCAAAUGUAUUAAGCUUAAAACUGAAUAUAAAGUUUUUUGUUUCUUUUUA